GCCCCUGAGCCCCUCCAGUGAUGUGCGUGCGGCUCCCCCUGCAGGAGAACAGUCGGCGGCAGAAGCAGCACCUGAGCCAGCGUUUCGACUCCCUCUACAGCACCCUGGAGGAGCGCAAGAAGGAACUGGUGCAGCGCGUCAGCCGGGAGCAGGAGGAGCGGGUCAGCCACGUGCGCUCCCUCAUCCGCCAGUACGGGGAGCACCUGGAGAUCUCCGCCAAGCUGGUGGAGUCGGCCAUCCAGGCCAUGGAGGAGCCCCAGAUGGCCGCGUACCUGCAGCAAUCCAAGGAGCUGCUUAAAAAGAUCACGGACACGUCGAAGGUGUCAAUGAGUAGCCGCCCGGAGCCCGGCUACGAGAAGAUGGACCACUUCUCUGUCAAUGUGGACAACCUGGCCGAGAUGCUGAGAACCAUCGAAUUCCAGACAGACUCGCUGGGUGAGGACGACAUGGACGGGUUUGCGGGCGGGGAUGGAGGAGACGCUGGAGCCGACGAGGACAGGCCGGAGGGGCCAGAGGCGCUAGAGGGGGCCGAAG